AUGGUUCGAGUUCCCAUUCGUGACGUCGCGGGAAGGAGUUACGGCACCGGGAAGCGUAAAACAGCCGUCGCGCGCGUGUGGCUCGCCCCGGGCUCGGGCGAACACAAGGUCAACGGCAAGCCCUACGACGAGUACUUCUCCUCUCCCGCCGCGCGUGCGGACAUGAUCGCGCCGUUUUUCGUGAGCGAUACGUUAGGUUUAUUCACCGCCGUCGUCGACGUCAGGGGCGGUGGGAUCUCCGGCCAGGCGCAGGCGGUUCGUCACGGCGUCUCCGUCGCGCUGCAAAACUACGACCCGGCGUUUCGACCGGCGUUGAAAGCCGCGGGGUACCUGAAGCGCGAUCCGCGCAUCGUCGAGCGCAAGAAACCGGGCAAGGCCAAGGCGCGCAAAUCGUUCGCCUGGGUCAAGCGUUAG